GACCCCCCGUCUCUCUGCCCGUCUCUUUAUCCCCCUCCGACUGCAAAGUUUGAAGUUUUCUCGGGAAAAUUCCGAUCGGUCCGAAGCAGAUUUUCGCCGGAAAAUGGACGCGAAGUCUCUGGCCAGAUCGAAGAGAGCUCACUCCCUGCACCACAGCAAGAAGCACCAUCCCCCCGGCCCGAAACCUAGAGCGCCACCGGGAACUUCGAGCGAGCCGGCGAGCAAGGCGGCGUCGGGGAAGCAAGUUCCCGAGAAAGCCCAGCCGCGGCCGACGAAACCGAAGCUGCCCUCGAAUUGGGACCGCUACGAGGAAGAAGAAACCGAGUCGGGCCUCGCCGGGGGGAGCGGUGAGGUUCAGGUUUCCGAUGUUCCGGCGCCGAGGAGCAAAGGGGCGGAUUACCGGUACUUGAUCGCCGAGGCCCAAUCUCAAUCUCAGUCUGUUCCGGAUGAACCUUGCGUGGAUGGUUUCGUGUCCUUGGGUGAUGUUCUUCCCGAAUUUUUCGGUGGAGGGGCAAGUGCUUUGCUUUCGGUUAGGGGAGAGGCGGUCUUGUCAUGGGCCGAUGAGGACAGUGUCGUUGUCGAUGAUAAGGCAACUUCAGGUCAUGAGGUGCCAUUUCUAUCCCUGAACUUGAAUGCACUUGCUGAACAACUUGCAAAGGUGGACUUAGCUAAACUGCUCUUCAUUGAGCCGGAUCUGUUACCGCCUGAAAUGCAUACAGGGCCAUACAUCGCGAGCAGUGAAAAGGCCUCUGAUCAGAUUCAAACGGCCAAAACUGAAGCAGCUAAGAGCCGGUUAGAUGUACUAGCUCUUGAUAUGGAAGAAAGAGAAGAAGAUGAACAUAAAGAGUCUGGAAUGGGCGGAAGUAAAUCGGAUUCAGUAUUAAACUUUCUGGAUGAUAAUAUUUCUGUGGAUACUAGUGAAGUUUCUAGCUUAGGACAAACCAUAGUUCCAGAGUCCGCUGAUGAGUCAAUCAAGAUAUCUGAUAUAGACCUGGAGAAGAGAAACUCCACAUUUGAGGCAGCAGCUGCAGAAGCUGAGCUCGAUGUGCUUCUCAGCUCUUUUGGUGAAACCAAAUUGACUGAGCCAUCUGGUUUUGGCUUCACUAAGACCACUCCUGCUUUCCGAGAACAAACUCCAAUGCCACAGGCCUCUGGACGAGGCUUUAUUUCCUCUGUGGCUACACCUGUGCCCGAUUCUGCUAAGAUCGAUGUUCUUCUUGAUGAUUUACUCGAAGAAACCUCGAACUUUGCUCAACAAAACACUCAACACAGUGUAUUGCAAACCCAGCAGGCAAAUUCUGUUGCACAUGGUGUCCAGUCUCCUCCUGUUGUCACUACAUCAAAAGACUUGGACGAUUUUGACUCAUGGUUAGACACCAUUUAGCUGUUAUGUAGACUGAAGUCUUAAAUGUAUGUACAUUAAUCCCCCUCGGUUGUUAUACAAGGAUGAUUAUCCUCUGCUUUCCAAGCAAA